UCCUUCGGAUUCGGUAUUUUAUAUUGCCCAUCCCUAUAUUAGUGAAAUAAUUUUGUAACCAUAGAAGCACUAUGGUACCUGCCAUUUAGUAUUUGAUCUUAUUCCUGCAAGAUUUCACAAAAUUCAUUUUAUUUUAUUUCGUAUGUGACAUAAAGCAUGCUCAGCAUUCCAUGAAAAUUUGUAUAUUUAUUGUCUCAGUCAUUUUAAUAGGCUUUCUCAUUGCAGCAUUGUGUAUGAUCAAUUUAUUCAUAUCUCUGGGUACUCUUGCUCCUUGACAAUAAAUGUUUUUCUAUUAAUAAUAGUUUUUGCUAUGUAAACUAAAGCUAGCUAGUUCGAAAUGCAGCUUAUUUUCUGCAAUACCUACAAUUUUGACUCUCAAGGGGCGAAUGGAAAUUGGGCUGUCAUCAAAUUUCCUUGCAUGGUUGCUGUAGAUGAAAUUAGAAUUGUUCCACCUGGUGUAAAAACCCACAGUCAACUUCAUGAAGAUCAGUUUACAGGGAAAACUUCACCAAGUAAAUUUCGUAUUGAAUUUUUUUCGGAUGAUCGCAGCGCUUCCAUGACCACUUAUGAACAUGUAGGUUCCAUGGAAUAUGCUGAGGGUUCUCCUAACAGAUUUCACCCCCCAUCUGCAUUGUACAGUGAAAAACUUCUUUUAAAUGGUUGGUUCAGUCAAAUCACAAUUGCUGUAUACGGAGGAAUUCUUAGUGAUGUUGGCACCACUCCACCUCUUCUAGAUUUAAAUAUGAAAACUCCUUCACUUAUUAUUCAUGAGAAACCUGAAGGAAGGUCAGUGUAUAUUCGAGGUGUGCAAGAUGUACCACAAUUGCCAAAAGAACUAGACAAACCAGAACCGCUUAUGGCAUCUUUUCCUGCAACAGGAGAAGCGGAGUUUAUGCGACGAGGAAUUGACGACAAUCCUAGGGGAGUUUUAGAUGAUUUCGGAUUCCAGGAGGAUGACAUGAACCUAGAUGCUAUUCCUCCGCCAUACUAUGAUAGACGUCAACAGCGGAAUAAGGGGUUCGGCCACAAAAACUAUAUGGGUGAGAGAAUGGAUUAUAACAGGGUAAUGGGGGGUCGAAAAACAUUGCUUUCAGGCACGGAGCAGGAUAACUCAUUUAGAAAUGAUGGUGAUCAUUUUUCGUAUAAAGAUAAAAAUAAAGCAUUCCAUCAGAGACAGCACAUGCGACAUGAAAUAGUUGACAACAUCGAUGUAGGUAUUCAUAAGCAAAGAAGUGGAAAUGAACGGAAUUUACAAACUGAUCACGGUGAAAACAAAAGAGAGCAACGCCUGUCUGAAGAUAACAGUGAGACUAAAGAUAUAGGACAUAGUGUCGAUAGUAAAGGGGAAGACCAUGCAAAAGAACGUAGCCAGUGGAUGGGUGGAGAAUAUGAAGAAAUCAGUGAAGAAGAGAUUGAAGAGGAACGUGCUGCGGCUUUACAAGAUAUGGAGGAUUUAAUAGAUGUUGAAGUUCUCAGUUCCACCAGUACAAUGGCUUUUAAUCCUUUUAUGAUGGAACCCGUUCAGCUGAUGCAUUUUAAUCACCCAGAAAUGAGCGAAUUUGAGAUUGAAUGCAACAAUCUGCUUUUACAGCAGGAGCAGGAACAGCCUCACCAAAAUGGGGAUGAAGCUGAUGUUGCUAGAUUUGAAUCUCUAUUCACUAAAGCGAGAAAAAUUGGUAAAAUACAAACUACGGACUCUGGUUUGCCAGUUCUGAUAUUAAAUGCAGAACAAGGGAAGGAAUGGGUUGCAGUAAUAGAGGAAUUCAUUCCUCUUAUCUCGACAGCUCUUCCAUUGAUCGGAGUUAACCAUCGGGAGAAGUAUGACCAAUAUAUAUCGUUGCUUGUUAUGUGGGUACUCACUGGAUUAGAUAGUGCUGCAGCGUCUACACAAGCUAUCGGAACUAACCUUAGGAUGCUGAAAUGUGGGAUCAAUUUAGCUCACAAACUCUGUUCUACUACACAAGACAUUGUAUCAUAUUUUACAUCAUCAAAACUGGAUUCAAAGCUCAUAUCUUUGCUUCGUAUGAAAUAUAUGGCGUCUUCUUUAAAAAUAAUGAUUGUCCAUGCUUUAGAUGCUUAUUUGUCAUGGCCAUAUCAAUUGAUGCAUACAUUAAAAGAAGGAAUAGUUUCUUCUGAACAAUACUCAGCACUUGUUGAGGUCAUGCUAAUGCCACAGGCUGCGAGAGUAGCUGAAGCCUUAUCUAGACUUAUAAACAAAAUAACAUUGUUUCAUUCUAUGUGGCGACUUAAAACGGUUGUACAUGAUCUGAUAACCGAAAAAAUACCUAAUGCUGAAGAUGAAUAUUUUUUCGAAGAUGAGUACAUGACUGAGGAUAUGGAAAGCGAUGUUGUUGAGGAGGUUGUCAUGGAGGAGGAAGAAAUGGUUGUUAUGUCAUCUACUUCAAAUGAUGAAGAAGAUGAUACUGAUCACUUUCGACUAAUUAAUAAAGAAAAAAGUACGAACAAAAAUCUUCGUAAUUAUGAAAACCAAGAGUUUACUGAAAAACUUUCUGAUGGUGAUGCUCAGCAAAUACAUGUACCACACACCCUCCAGAAGAUACAACUGUUCCUCUAAGCUGCCAUUUGUACUGAUGAAGCUAACAUAAAAGUGAACGAUGUUGAAAACAUAUUGGAAUCAUUGAGACUGAUAACACACACUAUACAGAACAUCAAAUCAACUAUUGCUCAACUUCCAAAACGGGUUUUUCCUACAGAAUCAAAUUUAGAGGAAAUUGCAGAUGGUCCUGCAUUGAACAGUAUGUUUCGCAUGAUGGAAUAUUACCAGGUUCUCCCUGCUGUCCAGGCUUUGCUUUGUACUCCUGUAAUUUCAAGCAUACAAGAUGUUUACGAAGCGACUUAUACGUUUCUGGAUAUUUUAAUGAUGCGACAGGAUGGAUUGCUUUUUUUGGCAUCAAAUUUUAAUUGUGUUUAUUGCAUUGCUAGACAUUUAUUAUGUUCUACACCAAACUUGUCCACUACUGAGAUAGAAUCUGUGGGCACUGCAUCUCAUCUUGGUGCAAAAUUAGCAAUUCAUCUUCAGUGUAUACAAUGUGUGGAUCAACUUGGGACAUUUCCUGAAAUAGAAUUUGAUGAAACAAUAGCAGAGGAAGCUGCUGAAAUUCUAAAAAUGCUUUAUUCACUAACUUACGAGACUUUUGGAAAAUAUUGGGUGGCAAAAAUCUUAAGUAUGGAUGAUCAUAUACUUACAUUAUUAGCAUGUAUACAAAAAGUCAACAAAGAAGAAACACCUGCCAAAGAUGAGGAGGAUUCUAAGGAUGUGGGAGAAGACAAAAAAAGAGAAGAGAAUCUCGAAAAACCAAGGAAAAAGCCUCAGCGGAAAAUGGCAGCAAAUGGAUACGCAAUGAACAUUUUGCUUAUAACUUUGAAAAUGUCACAGAAUGUGUCCCAUCUUUUAUUACAUCAUGAAGUCAUUUUGAGCACUAUUAAGGCUGCAACAUUUAGUCAUUCUCUAGAAGAGGUACAAGAGUGGUUACGCCCUCUUAAUACGUUGAAAAGCCCACAAAAUGCUAUUGCGGGAUGCAUGGAAUUUUUAAAAACUACUUUCGAAAAAUUGGAGUGGAAUACAUUAAUGACGUCUGGUCCUGGAUUAUGCACAGCACUGCGAAUAUUAUGUAAUACCAGUGAUGUGAAACAUCCCCUUGCUUUUAGGAUGUCUUCCAUGGAUGAAAAAAUACCAAUGUCAAUGUACAGCACCUCCAUUCAAAUAUUUUCUGGAGGAGGUCUUUCAGUAUUGGUAGAUGGGAUAGAAAAACUUAACAAAUGUUUCACCUAUCCUUGUUAUAGCCAGCAUUCACUAACUACAAUCUUAUCAUCUAGUUUCCAUAAUUUGGUUACUGUAUUAUCAGAAAACUUGUUGCUACUUGUCAAUCAUUUGCUCAAAGUGCUGCUCAGUACACCUGAAGGUAAAUUCAAACCAGAUCGUUUGACAAAAUUACUAGUUCACCACUAUGCUGGUAUGUACACUGUAUUACGCCAGUCAUGUAUCGAAAAAUUGGACAUUAUGACAGAAUUAAUUGUAUUCAUACUUACCCUGCUCUUGAAAACAUCUGAUAACAACACUUCAGAUGAUGGGAACCAGAAAAGUAAGAUUUUGACUGAAAUCAUUUCCAGCAUGCAGGAACAUUGUCAGUCUAUGGUGCCUGGAAUGAUUCUACUUUCACAUCUGCUUCCACUGCCAUUACCAAUUGUUAUUUCCAAUGAGCUGGAUGGAGAAGCUAUCAAGUCGGUAAAAAAAUGUAGAGGUGCAUGGGAUGAAUCCCUUCAAUCAGUGAUGGAUGAGCUAUCUAAUGUAGUUUCUGUAGCAUGCCACUCAACAUGUCUGCCAUGGCUUGAAAUUCUCAUACCGCUAAUUCAACAAAUUUCAGAUCUUUCUCCGACUUUAUCACAAGCGGUUAUUAAUGUAGUUCUUGAUACUUGCGUUCAUGCUUCCAAGCCAGUGGUAGAGACAGAAAAUGCUGAAGAAAAACCUGUCCAAGAAGAGGAGUACAUUUAUAACUCACACCAAAUAUCCAUAUUGUCAGAAAUUGCAAUGAAAGGUUCAUCGAAAGCAACUAUUUUGAGUAUUAUUCAGGAAAAUAAGAGAGAUUCUUUGAAUUCAUUGUGGAAAACUGCAAAACAACAAAUAAAUGACAGGUCGUCACGUCUCAAUGAAGCUACUAUGGGACUUGCAAGGGUUCUACUUGACCCAAACAUAACACUGGUUCCUACAGAAUUGACACAACCAAGUUUGAUUCCUCAAUCUCACUUACAGGACAUUGUGAGUUUGUCUGUAGACUGUUUAAAUUCAGCAUCAUUGCAAACUAUCCAUUGUGCUCUUCAUUCUCUGAAAUCACUGGCAUCCACUGAAGAAUGGUACAAAGAGAUUAGAUCUCUUCUAAUAAAACACCAUUCCACCCUGAAUAAUGUUCUAGAAACAAUCUUGAGAAGAUGGACCAGAGAGUAUAUGCAAUCAGUUGCCACACUUUUAGACUUCUGCAUUUUUGUGAGACUUCUGUGCAGACCAGAAAAGUGUAGGCACAGUUAUCUUACGAAAGCUGAAAUACGUUCGAUCUUGAGAUGGAACAAAGAAUUUGCUACCGGGACACACCCGUUAAUUUCAUUGAAGACAAAACUUGAAGCGGAUGAGUCUGAUGAUGAAUUCGUAAACUGUGCUCUGGAUGAGGUGACAGUUUUAUGUCAAACAUUGAGAACAUCACACGUUCUGAAACAUAAAGUUCAAGAGAAAAAGAAUGUGAAGGACAAAGCCAUCAAGCCUUUAUCAUUGCAGGAGCAGUUUGAGAUGAGAAUGAUUUUUGCAUAUGGCGGGGAUGAUGAUAUAUUUGCUGCCAGAUUGUCCGUUCUUCAGGGAAACACAGAACAAUCAUUUAUAUCAAAAAAUAUCAAGUCGAAAAGCAGUAUUUCGGCAGAUCUUGUUGAUAUGGCUGAGAAGUUCUGCACAGGAUACAGUUUAGGAAAAAGUUUAAAAGAACUUACAGAGUCUGCCAAAACAACAGAUAUUGAUAAGAUUCGAAUGGAAGCGAAAGCAAAGAGGUUGAAGAAAAUGGAAACGUUUUCAACACGACACGGAAAAACAAUGACAUACAUUAAACGCUCACACGGACUUGCUGGCCCCCCUCCCAGGGGUAGAGGGCGUGGACGAGGUGGUAUGUCCUCGGGGAGACAUUACGACUUAUUCAGACAGAGAAAACAAAAUACGAGUCGUCCACCAUCCAUGCAUGUGGAUGAUUUUGUAGCUGCAGACGAAGAGGGUGGUGGUACAGAAACUGAAUUGCCCCCUCCCUCACCACCUCCACCAACAUUCAUAACAUCAAGAAGAACUGCACGUCCAUUCAAAAGAGAUUAUGUACCUCGCGGAAGAGGUCGUGGAUCUAUGAGAGGAUUUGGCAGAGGCAAUUUUCAACAUCAUUUCGGCUCAGGUACGAAUAUUGAGCCUCUGUCCAAUACCACGACAAGUUUAGGAACAGAAGCCUUACAAGCAGAAUGCCAGACAGAUUUCCAAGAGGCAGGGGACGUGGGCGGGACCCCACACGCUCAUUUUCGCCCAGAGACAAACUUUAAAGUGAAGCCACAACAGUCUUGGUCAUUUUCUAAUGGUAGGAACUUUGGUGGAAACUUUCAUCGCCAGGUGGUUUCCGGGGUGGCCGGCCAAAGCCCUUAUGAAGAUUGGACGACCCCUUCUUGGCCCCCGCCAUUCAAUUUUAACAAAUGGGGUGGAAUGCCUCCAAGACGAGGAAGGGGUUAUGGUAAACCAAGAGGCAAGCAUUUGAGGUCAUUUACACGUUAAAAUUAAACAGAUGGGCGAAAUAUGAUAACUUGGCAAUAUAUACCCACUCCCUUUCUAUAAUUAUGAUUUCUGAGUUUUCAUGCAAUUUGCUCAAUCAUGAUGGUAUGUUUUGUGUUGUUUCAUCUAAGAAAAAAUUUGUUUGGUAACUUUUUUUUAAUUAAAAUGUAUAAACUGUC